AUGACUCCUCGAGAUCACAUGAGAAAGCUGUCAAUCCUUGGGGAACAAGGAAAUUUGGAAGACAAACAUUUAUACCGGUUAGCAAGUGGCAUGGCAGCAGGCGAAUUGCGACAGCGACAGGAGAUGAUCAUGAGAAAUCAGAUGAUGGCUGUAAACCCACAGCUGAUGGGACCAGCACCCCAGAGAAUCCAGGCUAUUCCCUCACAGUUUGAGCCUCGAUUUGUGGAAAGAGAUUUGUUGCCUUCCACUGAGAUGCUAGCGCCAGCUGACCCAAGACAAAUUCACGUUGCUUCCCAUCUUGGUCCUUCAGUCCCACAACAUGCCAGUAUGCCAAACCUAUUAUCCAAUCGUGUUUACCAAGGGCCAGGAUAUAGUUUCCUCCAGCCAGAGUCCAUGGAAGCUGUGACCAGAAGGCAGGAAUUGGUUCAGAAACAAAAUAUAGCCAGGAUGGAGAUGGAAAUGAAUGCCAUUUUCCAGCAAAAAGAAAUAGAAAAAGCUCAUCGCAAGGGGCUGCUGGGGUUGGAAGGCCCUUUCCUGUACCACAGCAUCCCAGCCAGCCCAGUGGCUUUCCGCGGAAGGCACAGGGUGCCUGAAGGCCACGUUCCGAACGACUUGUACGUCCAUCGAGCCACCCUCGAUGACCUUCACGGCAACGCCAUGCUGAUGGCCACCAGCCCUUACCCACCUGUGGGCACCCUGCAAAGGGAGCGAGCCCGCCGGCCAGGCAGAAGGGCUGGGAAUCACAAGGCUGCCGACGGUUCUGCCAGCGGGACCAAGAGCCAGGCCGAGGAGAAGGGCCUGGAUCCGGCUUCUGCCUCUGCCGAUGAGGAGAAAGAGGACAAAAAAGAAGCCGAGGCUGAAACGCUGAACAAACAUGAACCAAGCAAAGUCCAUGUGGAGCCGUCAGCUGCGGCUGCCAAGGACGGCAAGGAAUACGAAGAAAGCCUGAGAAAAACGGUGCCCCGCCACGAAAUGCCCAGCGAAGCACAUGGGUGCAGCAGUGGGAAUGAAAAAGAUCCUGGCAAUCCUUGCACGGCCUUUGAAGAAAAGUACGUGUAUCCGUCGGCAUUCACGUUCUCUGCUCUGCCCUAUGGCUUCUCGGUACCCACCAAUCCACUGCUACCUUCCAGUGCUUCCAGCCUGAUUCUGAAUGGAGAAGAUGUACCACCCAUUGAAGAUAUUCGCAAAUGGGCCAUUGAAGAUGUUUACAAUUUUAUCAUCAGCCUUCCAGGAUGUUCAGACUAUGCACAGGUAUUUAAAGACCAUGCCAUUGAUGGAGAAACCCUACCACUACUCACAGAAGAACACCUUUUGGACACAAUGGGAUUAAAACUUGGACCUGCACUGAAAAUUCGGUCUCAGGUCUCCCGGCGCCUGGGCAGCAUGUUCUACAUGAUGAAUCUUCCUUUGUCUGUGUCUGCGCCGUCAGCUGCAGGCAAGCCUCCGGAUCCUCCGCAAGAGAUGGCCUCUCCUCUUCAUUGCAACAGUGCUGGUGAUGGUCUGGGCAGCCCUUGCUCUCAGGAUCCAGAGGCUUCAAAGACCAUGGAGCCGAUCGCCGCAGAAAGCAGAGAAAACCCACCCGACUUAGGUGGGGCUCAGACCGAUUUCCAGAUGAUCAGCUAUCAGAAAAACUGA